GCUUUGUCACUCACUGCACAGUCCGAGCAUGGCCCAACUCCUGAUCAUGGCGCUCCUGAUUGGCGUUGUCAUCGCAGGGGCUACCGCAUCGUUUCCUGGUCGGUAUCAUCUUCUAGGCACAAAAAAGAUUUACGUGCAAAUUGUUGGGCGUACCGUAGGCAACAAGACUCAAACCGAGUUCCCCGUAUCCGGGGGGCCCGUACAGCAGUUCCCCAAUUACACUCCAGGAUACCAGGCAACGUACAGCGCAAAGUUCACCAAAGCGCUGGAUUAUUUCUCAGCCCAGCUAGGGACAAUCACGGGUUUUAUUGGUGCCACCACAAACACUUCUACAUUCCAGACGGGCACCAUAGCUUUCAAGGAUGGAAGUGGAAGCAUAUACUUUUCUGGCACAGCCGAUGGAUCUCUCUCCUCCAAGUUUGUUUUCUCCAUUACCAGUGGUAUUGGCCGUUACCUUGGAACCUUUGGUGACAUUCAAGUUUCACUAGCAAAUGUUACUGACAGUGGAACUAGUAUUACAGUUCUCUAUACAGUCACUCUCUAUGCUACUCCAAGGCUCCGCAAUUAGCCAAGGAUCUGGCAUGAAAGCAUAAAACCACUAGGAGGAAAGCCAUGUAAAACUUGAAAAACUUUUGCACCUAUGUAAAUCUUAAAGCCAAAUCA